AUGGCCAGAGGGCGCAAGCAGAGAGGCAAGGACAGGGGAGGGCCCGCUCAGGAGAAUGAUGGCAAGCCAAAGUAUCACGAUCGAGAAAAGUUUGUUGUCGAGAAGACGAACGAAAGGUUUGAGAUUUAUUAUAAAAUCCAACAGAUUAUACCUGAAUGGGAAUGGGGCGCGUUCAUGAGCUCAUUGAGAGAACCACUUCCUACCACUUUCAGACUGACUGGGAACCGAACGACAGCACGCGAGCUUAACGAUGUGAUUAGACAAACAUACGUUCCUCAGUUGACUGGUAUCACCUGGGAAGAUCAGCCUGUCCCUGCGCCCACUCAGCUUCCUUGGUAUCCCGAUCGUUUCGCCUGGCAGCUGAAUGUCACGAAAGCUGUAGUCCGCAAGUCCCCUGAAUUCAGGAAGUUUCAAAACUUUCUUGUUUACGAAACUCAGUCGGCAGGAAGCUGUCAGCAUGAUUCCACCCUUCUUCUCGACGUCGAGCCGCAUCAUACUGUCCUCGAUAUGUGUGCGGCACCUGGUUCCAAGACUGCCCAAUUGCUGGAAGCACUCCAUUCCGGCACGGACAUGCCUUCUGGAGUCGUCAUCGCUAACGAUAGUGACAACAAAAGGUCGCACAUGCUCGUGCAUCAGUCCUCCCGCUUGCCGUCGCCUUCUUUGAUGGUCACCAACUUGGAUGCCUCACUAUUCCCAUCUUUAAAGCUACCCCCUUCGUCAUCCCGACUAAAAGCCCAAAAAGACCCUGCCUUCGGCACUAUCCCAACUCUCGGGAAAGGGAAAGGUAGAGCGAACGUAUUGCUCUUCGACAGAAUACUAUGUGACGUACCAUGUAGUGGGGAUGGGACCAUAAGAAAGAAUUUGCAGAUUUGGAAUGGGUGGCAGACUAAUAAUGCAAUGGGGCUUCACGUCCUUCAGCUGAGAAUUUUACUUCGGGGCAUGCGGCUCCUCGCUCCUUCCGGCCGCCUUGUGUACUCGACCUGUUCACUGAAUCCAAUUGAGAACGAAGCAGUCUUGGCAGCAGCGCUAAAUCAAUAUCCUGGCGAGUUCGAGAUUCUAGACGUCUCGUUAUGGCUCCCAGGACUCGAACGCAGACCGGGAAUGCUUCAAUGGAAUGUCGCCAUUGAUAAGAGCCUGACUAAUUUCGCAAAAACUUGGGAGGAAUAUCAAGCAUACUGGACUGAUGAGGAGAAGGCCAAAGGGCACGCAAAGCACUCGCAAACGAUGUUUACCCCCCCGAAUGCGAAGGAUUUGGGAUUACAAAAUUGUAUCAGGAUAUAUCCUCACCUCCAGGAUUCUGGGGGGUUCUUUGUAGCUAUCCUUGCGAGGAAGAAUGCAUCGGCAGGAGAUUCGCUUCUAAAUCCCAAUCCGCUCAAACGAACAGUUAGCAACUUAUCCACCGUAGUGGCUGUCGAUAGCCAGAAAAAAGCCAAGACUGCUGGGAUUCCCUCAGUAUUGGGGGUUGAACUCCAGCCGAUUGCGUUACCGGAGCCACCUCUGCAGGGAGAGGAAGUGGAUGUUGAGUUCGAUGAAAUCCUGCCUGAAGUCGGCGUAGACACCCUUAGGGAACCCGUCAGAAUGAUAGGGGAUGACGGGGAAGAAAAGGCCACCAAGCCCAAUGAUGGUGGGAGAAGUUUCAACGAGGUGCCUUACACGUAUUUACAAGCAGACAACGAACACAUACAAAAAUGCCUUUCCGUCACACACAUCAACCCCUCAAUCUUCCCUUCCUCCCAACUCUUCGCGAGAAGCGCUACCGCUGAGCUAGCAUCUGAGCGACCGAAGUCGUUGUACUUUUCCAACGCUUUAGUGAAGGAUAUCAUCGAGAAUAAUGACUACAAACGAUUGAGGCUUAUCAACGCUGGCGUCAAGCUAUUUGUGCGACAGGAAGUUGGUUCUCGAGCAAGUGAGAAGGAUGGUGAAGAUGGACAGACGAAAAGUCCAUAUCGAUUCGUCAGCGACGGCAUCCAGACCGUUUUGCCAUUCGUCGACGAGACGGAAGGGAGUGUGGAUGCGGGAUUAAAGGAGCUUGAGGCUAUGCUUCGGAGCUAUUAUCCACUGAUCAAUAGCUAUGACGAGGAGUUUCGCGAACGUGUUAAAUCCAAAGCAACAGGCAGCUAUCUUGUCCGAUUUCUCCCAGGCGAAUGGUCAGGUCAUUCUCUUCGUCACCCACUGCUGCUUCCUUUGUGGAUCUCGCCGAAGUCAACAGCGCUCAUGGCUGAUAAACAUACAAAAAGUUCUUAUUGUUCGUGUUUUUUUUUGUCCGUAGCGCAUUGUGCCUGCGCGUGUUUGGAGAAGAUUUCACCCCAUUCGGAAAGGAGGAACAACUCAAGAAACAAAAGAAAAGCGAGGGUAAGACUAUUCAAGCUGUGGCUUCAGCCGAAGAUGUUGGCGACGAGACCAUCUCGGUAAAUGAGGACAGGAAUGGAGAAAAUUGACAUGGCGGCGAGUUCACUUAAGAAUCGACAAAUUACCAAUCAACGCUCACAAUGGCAACUCCUAAUUAAUAGAAACGUAUAGGUACAUGCGCCUCGCAUUGAAGUAGAUCUUGAACUGGCACAGUAAAUGGGAAGAUAGACUCUACAUUAUGGAUGGUCUUCAUAUGGCAUUGUGAUUUGCGAUGGAGCUGGGGAU